CUCCACUCGCUCACUGCCACCGACCAUGAUUCGCAUGUUCUCGCUGAAGAAGGAGGGCCAGAAGUCCCGGGCUCAGGAGGCCGAGAACACUCAGAAGCCUGCGGAGAUCCGGAUUCAGAAGGAUAUCUCCGAGUUGGAGCUCUCCGAUACCUCGUCGAUCGAGUUCCCCAAUGGUCCGGACGACCUCAUGGUCUUUGAUGUCACCCUUCGUCCGGAUGAGGGCUUCUGGCAGGGCGCGGCGUUUACGUUCCACUUUGAGAUUCCCGAGGGUUAUCCGCAUGACGUCCCUUCGGUCAUAUGCACUACCCCUAUCUACCAUCCCAACAUCAACACUGAGGGUAAGAUCUGCCUCAACAUCCUGCGCGAGGACUGGCGCCCUGUCCUUAACAUCAACGCCAUCGUCUUUGGCCUCUCGUACAUUCUCCUCGACCCCAACCCGGAUGAUCCGCUCAACAUCGAGGCUGCAGAGGUGAUGCGCAACAACCCUGCCCAGUUCAAGACCAACGUCGACCGCUCGCUCGCCGGCGGUGUCGUCGACGGCGUCCGCUACCAGCCGAACCAGGCCUAGCCGGC